UCUGUGGACACCUUAGUCAAUUUCACUAUAAGCCUCUUGGUCACUUUCAUCUCCACUGCUUUCCCCCUGACUCUGAAUCACAGCAUCACUCCGGACUAGCAGGAAGAAGGAGGGAAAUCCUGCUUUGCAGCCUGACAGCUUUUGCGGCGGAGGCCUGGGGAGAUGGAUGGCGGAGACAUGCAGGCGUUAAUUCCCCACGCACAUUCCAGCAUGGUGUCUGUUGGGGAAGGAUUUACACUAGUCUCUGGCAUUUGAUUCCUCCUCCUUCUGCUUUCUUGGGAGACGAGAUCUCAGAGAAGAUGCCUUUGGUGCUGUGGGCUCUUUGCCUUGGUGUCCUGGACACGGUCCUUUGCAGUUACUCAGAAGACCAGUGCAGCUGGAGGGGGAGUGGCCUGUCCCAGGAAUCAGGCAGCGUGGAGCAGAUCUCUCUACACUGUGCUGAGGGCUCACUGGAGUGGCUGUAUCCAGCUGGGGCUUUACGCCUCAGCCUCUCCCCCCGCCUCCCCACGAGCACUGCAGCCAAAGGGAAGAGCCCCAGACAGGUCACCACCUGUAUCAAGCCCUCCAGCACUUUCCGAGGAGCUCAGAUCUAUCUGGAGAGGAAUGGGAUCCUGGAGCUGCUGCUGUCUGAAGCAGAUGCAUCCCUCCGCCCCAGGGUACACUGCUUCAGCUGGCUGCCCCAGGAGAAAGUAGCACUGUUCCUUCAGUCUACCCUGCACCAGGACAUCAGCCGUCGGAUCGCUGCCUUCCGCUAUGAGCUGCGGGGAGACUGGAACUCACGCCUCUCACUGCCCUCCAGCAACCUCAGCAUGGAAGGGGCAUGCCGGCCGUGUAAUGACACCGAGAUCUUGAUGGCCAUUUGCACUAGUGACUUUGUCAUUCGUGGCAACAUCCGGACUGUCUCCAACGAUGUUGAGAUGCAGGAAUCCAUCAUCAGCGUGAGCGCCAUGCGCAUUCACCGGCAGAAAUUCACUUUGUUCCAGCCUGUCAGCAAAUCCAGCAAAUCCAUGGGCAGCAUCCACACCCUGCUGCAGUGUGGAGUGAAACCGGGACCUGGCAGCUUCCUCUUCACGGGGUGGCUGCACUUUGGAGAGGCCUGGCUCAGCUGUGCUCCCCGGUACAAAGACUUCCGGCGUAUCUACGAGGAUGCACACCAGGCUCAUGAAAACCCCUGCGAAGUCUCGCUGGACUGAGCGAUGAGGGCAGGGGCAUUCAGCCUGACCCUUGGGAAUGGGGAUCACCAGCUGCAACGGUGUCACCAAGGGCUCACAUCCACCAGCCUGGGGCUAGCAAGAGUUCACCCCAUCCCAUACACACCUGCAGUAGUUCCCAUUCCUGCUUCACUUGCUCUGUGCUGAAGAAAGUUGUAAGGCACCUUCUGUGCUAACAGGAACCUGGCCCCGUCGGAGGAGAUCCCCAGACUUCUGAUUAGGAUCGGGCACACAUUGAGUAACAUAAAGGGAAUUAGACCUUCCCCGUGUGGGGAACAGUAACACACACAGGACUGACUAAUGGAGAGCAGGACUUCUAGUCAACCCUCCCGUCAAGCUGCUUGAGGGGACAAAAAAUGCCAGUGAAAUGACACAGUCUCUCCACAGUUGUUAAGUCAUCCUUGCUAUCCCAGGAUUCAUUUCCAAGCGAGUCCCAGCACUGAGGGACUCUUUUCCUGUACUGCAACUGUUCAGACUAAGCAUGGGAGUGGGUUGAGCGCAGGGAGGAGAUGAUGGAUCACCAGAACUGGAAACCAAUGCUUGAGCAACUCUGCUCCUCAUUUUGCACUGAAAUACACCCACACAUCGUGAAAAAGGCUUUGGCAAAACUAGCCAAUGGUGUGGGAGCCUGUCUGAAAAUCCUGCCCGAAGAAAGAGGCCAUUCUAACUGCACCUGGUUUGAUCCAUAGGACCUGAUUCAGCAAAGUUCUUGAGCACAUGCUGUCAGUCCCAUUGACUUCAAAGGGACUAAGGCCUAGAGCCUCAAAGGUAUUUAGGCAUCUGUGAGCUUUGUAGAAUCGGGGCCUUGUUGCCUUGACAAAGUUUGGUUCUGAAGUAGCCCUGCUCCCUCUCCUUCCCCCAGAGGAACUUCACCCCUCUAGGGAGGGGAGGAAGACCUAGGAAGUGGCAGAUAUCAUGUUUACAUUCCAUUUAGUAUUUGGGUAGAAAUGUGAAGACACUGCUUUGUACAUAGCAUGGGAAAAUGGGGGAUAGCUGAGCUAUGGGGGAGAGUUGGAGCAGGGUUGGGGAUAUCCGCUGGGUGGGCUCUUGAAAGGAUGUAAAUUAAUGGAUCACAGCUAGAAAUUUGCCUAUCCGUGGCUCUGAACUUAGCUGCCAAAAAGUUGCCCCACGGAGUCCUCACAGGCAGCCCUAAGACUUUGAUUAAACCGUUAUGUGAAUGUAUACGCAAGCUCAGUGCUGCUCUUCAAGCUCUUGCCAGCAGAGCCCUCGCUCAAAGCCCCAUGCACAGACUUUGGAGCCACCUCUCUCCACACAUUUACUUCCAUCCCUCAAAUCUGGCGUUGUCCCUGCCUUCAGCAACACCCAAAAUGCAGAAUCACCAAAAAGCUUCUAGGAAACUUUAAAGCAGAGGCAGGCCCAGGCUGAGAUUAGCUCUAACCUUCCCCAGAUUCAGGGUUCUGGUUCUGAUGUUCCAGUCUGGUUUCAUCUCUGCACUAAAGAAGCUGACACCAUUUUCGCAUCACUUUUGUGCUGUCUCUGGUCUAUGAUCAUAAUCUACGGGCCUUGACAGGACAAGAGGGGUGGGAAGAACCUCUGUGAAAUUCAGCAUGAAGUGGUCCAGAAGGCAGUCCAGUGUGACUCAUAGAAUCAUAGAAUAUCAGGGUUGGAAGGGACCUCAGGAGGUCAUCUAGUCCAACCCCCUGCUCAAAGCAGGACCAAUCCCCAACUAAAUCAUCCCAGCCACAGCUUUGUCAAGACUCCUGUGAGAACAGCAGCAAACUCUCACCAGGGAAAUCUUUGCUAAGGCAUUUAUUCUGCUUUGUUAAAAUGAAGAUUUGGAUAGACUGUAGUUUGAAGAAAAGGCUCCUGUAUAAUAGACCCCAUAAACUAAUGGCACCUGUGGGAGCCAGAGUGCAUGGAGGAGAUGUGACUGGAGAGCACAGGUUUGUCUUUCUGAAGCUUGUGUAUUUCUGAGUUGAUGGAAUCUCAACACACUAUAGAUAUACAGCAUUGCCAACCAUGUGUGUAUUAUAGGAGAUGGACUUGCAACAUUGUGAGGAGUCCCUAUGGAGAAUCUGUAUGUGUGGAACAGAGCUUGUCAUGCCAUCCCAGAUCAGUGUGCUUCAGCCUUAAUCUACUACUACUGGUGGUGGAAAGUGGAGAGGCAACAGCUGCUGAUGGAAACAUUCAGGCAGAAGCAAAGAUCUUGGGAGGAGAAAGCAAGAAAGCAGAAGCCUGUUAUUGGAGAACAGGAGAUAGGACUAAGGAUCAAGAGAUUCAAGAGACUCUUCUCUUCUAGGUCAUUGCUUUACAAACAGUUGGAACUUGGACAACUGCAGAGAAGAACAAUCUCUUGGUUUGAUUAUUGGGGUAUGUGGGAAGGAGAUCUGGGUUUUCAGUUUUAAGCUGACACAUCCACUUUGGGGUGCUCAGUAGUUGUAGAACGGAAAUUUUGAGUUAAAGGAACAGGUCUGAGAGGUGUUUGGGAUGAAGUCAGUCACACCAGUUAACUAUCAGCAAGCUCCUAAUUUCAUGUGGAAACUGCUGCUAAAAGCCCAGUUUUAGGCCUAGGCUACACUACAACUUCCAAUUGAGUUUGUAACUCAUUAGUGGCACAGCUGACUCUAACUAUGGCUUGUGUCUACAUACACAACACUAUUAACACUCAGUUAAUAAUCAUGGCAGUUACCUAGGUAGUUUUGGCUCAUUUAGGAUCUAGCCUGGAACAUGGUUGGCUUCUUGUCACCAGUUCGUAACAUGUUUUUGCUGUGCAGGUGGACAGCCCAGCAUGCUUUGGUCCCCCUGCUGCAGCAUGUCCUGUACUCUAGACCCUGUUGAGGUGUCAUGAGAGCGGCCCAGAUUUUCCCACAAUGCACUGCCUAGGUUUGUGUGUUCACACCUAGGGUAGGUGUGAACACACAAACAUCGGUAACAUGGUUGCACUGUGAAAAAUCUGCAGCACAGAGACAUGUCUAUUGUAAAGGGUUAGAUGAGACAGGUUACAACACCAUUGUUUCACAUGUAGUGUGGAUGGGACCUGAGGCCAGUGAGUGACAGUUUACAUAAUCCUGGCCCUCUUCCUAUCCAAAAAUGCUUAUUUGGGAGAGGAGAGAUAUUUGACAAUGGAGUGGAGACAUCCUAUGUGCACUAAAGUUAUAAUGAUACCAAAUUUGUGAUUUUUUUAAGACUAAAAUUUAUGUGUAAAGCAUGGUUUUGUUUUGUUUUAAUUUGAAAUCUUAAUAUAAAGUGCAUCGCCACAGCUGUAAAACACUGCCAGGCACAUUAGCUGUCACCGUUCUGUAGGGUGUAGUCAAUGGCCAUGAGAAGCUUUGUAAUUGAGUUUAUACAUAUAAUGUCGAUUUACAAGAUAAGGAAGGAAGCCCUGAUUCUGUGUAGUUUGUAAUAAUGAGAUUUCUUGUCAUCUGUGGUUUUGAAACACCAUAUUAAAAAAAAAAUCUGUA